GGGGAUGAUCGGCAGUCGGUUACAUAGGUUCUUCCCCGUACGUACCGUGAAGCAGCUUCUCUCGCUCUACUGUACGAAUAUGAAGAUGCCAUUACCUGUGUUCUGUAGUGGUACAGUGAUAAAGGGCUUUGGCAGGGGAAGUAAACAACUCGGUAUCCCAACAGCUAAUUAUCCAGAGGAUGUUGUUGCUAGGUUACCCACUGACAUCCCAACUGGAGUGUACUAUGGAUGGGCAAAGGUCAAUAGUGGGAAAGUACAUAAAAUGGUUAUGAGUGUAGGAUGGAAUCCAUUCUAUAAAAAUGAGAAAAAAUCAAUGGAAACGCACAUUUUGCAUGAAUUUGAAAAAGAUUUUUAUGGUUCUAAUUUAAGUCUUAUUAUGGUUGGAUUUGUUAGAGAAGAAAGAAAUUUUAACUCCCUAGAUGAGCUCAUAUCAGCAAUCCAUGCCGACAUUAAAGAGGCUGAGACUCAGCUAGAACUGCCAGAAAAUAACCAAUACAAAGACAGCAGUUUCUUCAAACAGAAGCCAACCAGUGAUAGCCAACUAUAACACUAACAACAAAAAUAUGCAAUAAAAUAAUAAUGCUAUCAGACAAUGUUUAUUUUUUGAUGGUUUCAAUGCUGUUCUGUGCAGUCAGUAGAUAUAAAUUUGUGCGUAAGCAUGUUUUAACGUGUUUCCAUUCGUAAAAACAGUGCUGAUAUAAUGGCAAUAAAGUUGUUCAAAUUAUGUUCUGAUCUCCUGCAUACACAAACAUAUUAUAAAGACCAGCUUCUCAAUCUAUGGGAUUGAACCAACCAUGGAAUUAUGUUAAUUAUGUGUUAUAUUUUUAAGCCAGUGAAUCAUUUUGUUUUUUUGAGGUUAUUCUCAAUUAUAAGAGAAUUUAAAAAUGAAAUAUUUACAAAGUUAAUUUAGUGGCAGCAUGUCUAAUUUUUUAAACAAGUACACACAUGUACUUCUUUAAUAGCUGUCAUGUGAUGACCCGAUUUUCGUACAUUGGGUUUUGGGUUAUCAUGUUGCUUAGCUUUCAUGUGCACUGACUGGAUUGAAUCGACAUUGAUUCACGUCCAGUCAGAAUGAAUAUGCAGGUAUUUUACUACAUCAACUUAAGUUUGGUUCCAAAUGUGUUUAUCCUGUCAAAGUUGCUUUUAAAAGUUUACAAAAUGUUUGUAUAAAGGAAUUUCGUUAUUCAAUAAUUUCGUUUGAAUACUGGGUAGUUAUAAUUGAUAACACUGUCGUAUAUGUGUUUAGGACAUUUCUGUACAGUACAAUACAAGCAUGUCCAAUUAUCAAAAAAAACUGAAGCAAACCAACAUGUUUGGCACCAAACUUAACUGAGGUAAACUGGUAUUUUGGGGUAUGUGUCGGAUAAUUCCAUUAUUUUUGUGUAUUAAAAGCGGUAGAGUCGUCACCUGUGCACGCGCGGGAAUCGAGUCCCAAGCGACUAUAACAACACUUGCUGAAAAUUGCAAUGGCUAAUCGGUAGAUGCUUGUUUGUAAACAAUGACACGCUAUGACAAUUCGAAGCAUGCAGCUUUAAGUGUUUUCAAUAUACUGGCUUUGUUUAUAUGUAUUGAAAUUGUCUGUAUUGUUUCUUUGUACAGUUAUAUACAGUAAUAAAUAUGACAUGAAAAUUAAG